UCUCUGCGCGACAAAGUAUCGGAGCGAGCGCGAGCCGCGGAGAGAGAGCAUGGAGUGCGCGGAUCGGCUGGAAUAAAGAAACAUUUUCCAACACUUUUACAAACUUUCUCAACUCGACCGACAGAUAUGGAUAUGGUGAUUUUGAGCGUGUUGGUCCUGCAAGCGGUGUUUGGGAGCAUAGGAGCGCAGUACACUACCGCUCAAAUGGGACAUGCAGAGAAAGGUGGAUGCAGUUUUGAUGAUGGACCUGCACAAUGUGACUACCAGCAGGAUCCUUACGAUGAUUUCGACUGGACACACGUGAGCGCUCAGGAAGUUCCCUUCCUGCCCUCUGAUCUGCCGCAGGGCUCAUAUAUGAUGGUAGACACCUCUCAACAUGAUUAUGGAGAAAAGUCUCGCCUACAGCUACCCGUGAUGAAAGAAAACGACACCCACUGUAUUGAUUUUAACUAUCUUCUGUAUUGCCCGGACGGCUCCAGCCCGGGAACCCUUAAUGUCCUGGUGAAGGUCAAUAAAGGCCCGCUGGCCAAUCCCAUCUGGAAUGUCACUUCCUGCACAGGCAAAGGUUGGAUGAAGGCGGAGUUUGCCGUUAGCACCUUUUGGCCCAAUGAAUAUCAGGUCAUAUUUGAGGCUGAGGUGACCCACGGCAGACGAGGUUUUAUUGCUAUCGAUGACAUCCAGGUCCUCAGUUAUCCAUGUGAUAAAUCUCCUCAUUUUCUGCGUUUGGGUGACGUGGAGGUAAACGCCGGACAGAACGCCACCUUCCAGUGUAUCGCCACUGUUCGGGAUGUUGUCAACAACAAACUCUGGCUACAGCGACGUAACGGAGAGGACAUCCCUGUGGCCGAGAAGAAAAACAUCAAUCACAGAAAGUUUGCGGCAUCUUUUAGACUAAGGGAGGUGACCAGUCAGGACCAAGACCUUUACCGAUGUGUCACCCAAUCAGAAAGAGGAUCUGGGGUGUCCAACUUCGCUGGACUUAUUGUUAGAGAGCCCCCGAGACCCAUCGCCCCACCGCAGCUUCUUGCUGUCGGCCCAACAUACCUGCUCAUCCAGUUAAAUGCCAACUCAAUAUUUGGAGAUGGUCCCAUCAUUCUGAAAGAGGUGGAGUACAGGAUGACAUCUGGGAGCUGGACAGAGACUCACGCUGUCAACUCGCCCAAUUACAAACUCUGGCACCUCGACCCGGACACGGAGUAUGAGAUCCGAGUGUUACUGACCCGCCCGGGAGAGGGAGGAACCGGCCAGCCUGGACCUGCUCUCAUCACCAGGACAAAGUGUGCAGAACCCAUGCGGACCCCCAAGAAUCUGAAGAUCGCGGAGACUCAAGCACGUUUCAUCGCCGUGGACUGGGAGUCGCUGGGCUACAACAUCACCCGCUGUCACACCUUCAACGUGACCAUCUGCUACCACUACCACAAAGCCCCCAACCACAGUAAAGCUGACUGCCUGGAAAUGGACCCUAAAGCCCCUCGUCAUGUGGUGGGCAACCUGCCUCCCAACACCAACGUCAGCCUAAAGAUGAUCCUCACCAACCCCGAGGGACGUAAGGAGAGCGAUGAGACCAUUAUCCAGACAGAGGAGGAUGUUCCUGGUCCAGUUCCCAGGGAGUUUGUAAGAGCGUUUCCAUCUGAAGAGAAGAUCAUGUUACAGUGGAAGGAACCGCUGGAACCCAACGGCAUUAUAACCCAAUAUGAGAUCAGCUAUAGCAUUGUUCAUUCAUUCGACCCGUCAGUGGCGUUACUUCGUCCACCGGUUUUGGUAUCAUUACCCUGGAACACCUCACGCCACAACUUCACACAACUACACCCCGGAACCACAUAUCAGUUCCUGAUCCGAGCCAGUACCAGCAGAGGAUACGGACCUCCGACCACACUCAACGUCACCACCAACAUAUCAGCACCUACACUAGAGGAGUAUGAUGAAGCUUCACUCAAUGAGACCGCAACCACCAUCACUGUCCUACUGAAACCAGCUCAGGCUAAUGGAGCUCCUAUCAGCGUCUAUCAGAUCGUAGUGAAGGAAAUUAACCCUCACCGUGUCCGACGUGAGGUGAGUGGCAGUGAAUGUUACCGUGAGCCGGUGACCUAUCAUAACGCGGUCAGCAGCGGCCUGCCGUAUUACUUUGCUGCAGAACUUCCACCCAGAGCCCUUCAGGAGCCACAGCCGUUUACAGUGGGCGACAACAAGACCUAUCAAGGGUACUGGAACGCUCCCCUCGCACCCCGCAAAAACUACAACAUCUACUUUCAGGCAGUGAGCAGCGUGGAGAAGGAAAGUAAAACGCAGUGUUUAAAGCUGGCAUUUAAAGGAGCCACGGAGGAACCGGAGGUGAUCCCAGAUCCUGCCAAACAAACUGAUCAGGUGGUGAAAAUCGCGGGCAUCAGUUCUGCCGUGCUGGUCUUCAUUCUCCUGGUCCUGUUGGCUGUCCUGCUGGUGAAGAAAAGGAGGAGCUACUAUUCUUACUCAUAUUACCUGAAGCUAGCCAAGAAGCGCAAGGAUGCUAUCGGAAACACCCGUCAGGAGAUGACCCACAUGGUGAACUCAAUGGACCGCAGUUACGCUGACCAAAGCACUCUGCACGCCGAGGAACCCGUGUCUGUCACGUUCAUGGACUCGCACAACUUCAGUCGAUUGCCAAAUGAUCCUCUUGUGCCAACUGCUGUAUUAGUGCCUAUUACUGAUGAGAACCACACCGCUGCAGCUGAGAACAGCAGACUUCUGGAUAUCCCACGAUACCACUGUGACGGCACUGAAUCGCCCUAUCAGACGGGACAACUUCAUCCUGCCAUACGAGUGGCCGAUCUACUGCAGCACAUUAAUCUGAUGAAAACUUCAGACAGUUACGGCUUUAAAGAGGAGUAUGAGAGUUUUUUUGAAGGUCAGUCGGCUUCCUGGGACGCAGCAAAGAAAGAACAAAAUCGAACCAAGAAUCGCUAUGGAAACAUCAUUGCAUACGAUCAUUCUCGAGUUAUCCUGCAACCAAUGGAAGACGACCCCACGUCCGACUACAUAAAUGCCAACUACAUUGAUGUAAGUGGAGAUGCCUCCUCCUCCUCCAUUGGCGAACGUGUGAGAAACGUCUCUCCCUCCCUCGUAUGUGAGAUUUGGCUGUACAGGGAUGGUUAUCAAAGGCCCAGCCAUUACAUUGCUACUCAAGGUCCCGUCCAUGAAACGGUCUAUGAUUUCUGGAGGAUGAUCUGGCAGGAACAGUCGGCUUGUAUCGUCAUGGUAACCAACCUUGUGGAGGUGGGCCGGGUGAAAUGCUAUAAGUACUGGCCAGAUGAUGCUGAAGUUUAUGGAGAUUUUAAAGUGACGUUUGUGGAGGUCGAACCACUUGCAGAAUAUGUUGUCAGGACUUUUACUCUGGAAAGGAGGGGUUUUAAUGAGGUCAGAGAGGUUAAGCAGUUUCACUUCACCGGUUGGCCUGAUCAUGGGGUACCAUAUCACGCCACUGGACUCCUGUCUUUCAUACGACGAGUUAAGAUGUCCAACCCACCCACCGCAGGGCCUAUCGUCGUUCAUUGCAGUGCUGGAGCCGGGCGAACAGGAUGUUACAUCGUGAUUGAUAUCAUGUUAGAUAUGGCAGAGAGAGAGGGUGUCGUGGACAUCUAUAACUGUGUUAAAGCUCUGCGAUCCAGACGAAUCAACAUGGUUCAGACUGAGGAGCAGUACAUUUUUAUCCAUGAUGCCAUUCUGGAGGCGUGUUUGUGCGGCGAGACGGCCAUCCCAGCGUGUGAGUUCAAAGCCGCAUACUACGAUAUGAUCCGAAUCGACUCUCAGAGCAACUCCUCGCAUCUCAAGGAUGAAUUUCAGACGCUGAACUCUGUGACCCCACAGCCUCAGCCCGAAGACUGCAGCAUCGCUCUUCUUCCUCGCAAUCAUGAUAAGAAUCGCUUUAUGGACAACCUUCCUCCUGAUCGCUGUCUGCCCUUCCUCAUCACUAUUGAUGGAGAGAGCAGCAAUUAUAUCAAUGCAGCUCUGAUGGAUCCGUCAGAAGAGUACCAGAGCUACAGGCAGCCGGCCGCAUUCAUUGUGACCCAGCAUCCGUUACCCAACACGGUCAAGGACUUUUGGAGGCUCGUGUAUGACUACGGCUGUACCUCUAUCGUCAUGCUGAAUGAGAUCGACCUGGCUCAGGGUUGUCCUCAGUACUGGCCGGAGGAGGGUACGUUGAGAUACGGUCCAGUGCAGGUGGACUGUAUAUCCUGCUCUAUGGACUGUGAUGUCAUCAGCCGUCUUUUCAGAAUAUGCAACUUAACCAGGCCACAGGAAGGUUACCUGAUGGUCCGCCAGUUCCAGUACCUGGGGUGGGCGGGGCAUAGGGAAGUCCCCGCCUCCAAGCGCUCGUUCCUCAAACUGAUUCUCCAGGUUGAUAAAUGGCAGGAGGAAUGUGAGGAGGGAGAUGGACGGACCAUUAUACACUGUCUGAAUGGAGGAGGUCGCAGUGGGAUGUUUUGUGCCAUCAGUAUCGUGUGUGAUAUGAUCAAACGUCAGAAUGUGGUGGAUGUUUUUCAUGCUGUGAAGAGUCUGAGGAACAGUAAACCCAACAUGGUGGACAGCCCGGAGCAGUACCGUUUCUGUUACGAUGUGGCGCUGGAGUUUAUCGAGACCUCGUAAUGAAGAUGUCACGCGUGAUGGAUCAUCUCUGUGUUGGAGCAUCAUUUUAUGUAAAUGAAAAGGGGGUCUGCGUGCCGUUUAAAUGUCUCCAUUUGUAAUUUCACUGUGUGGACUUUCAUAAGAUCCAAGUGCCGACCACCCGGUCGAGUUUUUUUGAGAUUUUUACUUUAUUUGUGCAGCCAUUUGAAACGGGACGGGCCAAGCUGCUGCAUGCUGAAACUCUUUAUUUGUUUGUCUCUCACUCUUCUUGUUAAUAAACAAAUCUCUCUAUAUAUAUACAUAUAUAUAAAUAUCAGUAAUUGUGUAGAUGGACAUUGUUUUGAAAGGGAUAAACCACCUUCAUAUGCAGGCGUGUGACUUUGGCUCGAGAUGUUUGCAUUACUCGCUAAUGGCUGGCUUAUAAUGUCUCUGUUUUAUUUUUUAGUUUUUUUUUAUUGUAGCAGGUGAUGAUCAUAAGCCAAAGACUUGUGUAAAUAUGUGUAUAGGGAUGAAGCACAUUGUUUGUAUUUAUUGUUUACUUGCUUUUUUUGAAAGCUCAAAACAAUCACGAUCGUUCUCCAUUAUUAGCCUAAUUUUACAUUGUAAACUCAUUGAAGUAGUGUUUUUUAUUUUUUGUAUUUAACUAGUAUUUGUUUUUUCUUUGAACUCUUUUUAUUGUGCUUUGUUUUAUUGUGCUUUUAUUUGUGAAUUAUUCUUCGCUGAAGAUGAACUCUGAAUGAAAAGACAAGAGCUCUAUUUUUUCUGAUGUUCUCACAUUUGUAUUGUGCUGGAAAUGACAAAAACAUACAAACAAUGAAGUGUACGCAUUCAAAUAUAAACAGUAUUAGACUUAGUGUGUUUAGGAUAAAAGCCAAUUUGAAAAGAAAAAGUUUCGGGCAGGAUUCCUGCUGAACCGACAUUUUAUAAAAAAGAGAAAAAUCCAUCAUGUGGAAAAUAAGUUAAGUAUUUUUUGUCUGUAGUUGUUUGCUUUAUGGCUGUAAUACAAUGUCAAAUACUAAAAUACUUUGAAUAAAAAAAGAUCCUUGUA